AUGUAUUCCUUAUAUCGAGCUUGGUUGAUGAGAGAUGCGAUGGCAGUUGCAAGUUGGACGACACCACCCGACCUCAUAAUAACGGUGGGCAAUUCGAAUGGAGAUUAUCAGGACGAUACAAGAGGAUACGGAUAUCAAUUCGUGGCACACAAACACCUCGUAUCAAUCCACAGUGGAUACUUAAAAUCUCUCAUUCAAAACGAAUCAAACGACUGCGGCAUGACCGCCGCCGCCGCCGCCACCGCCAUCACGAACAUUUCCGUGCCGAACGUCUCCUCGGAAAGUUUUGCACUCCUCCUUUCGUUUAUGUACACCGGUUAUUUGGAUUUGACGAGUGAAAACAUUUACUCGGUUCUUUUGGCAACUCAUUUACUUCACAUGCCCCGGGCAUUAGAUUUGUGUCGAGCUUAUUUGGUUCAAAGUCAACCUGAAAUUCAACAACCUCCGGUGGUGGAAUCGCAAAACAACGCUUUGUACAAUACGCAAAACAAUCGCAACGUCAUAAAACCCAUUCCCAGUCGGAAAAUCCACACUUUCAAUCAAUCUAUAUGGUCGCCGGUUAAUUUGCCACGUCUCAUGCUUCAAACGAGACCGGAUGGUCCUUUUCAAUGCGUUUCAUCUUCGAAAGCGAAAAAAACGUUUUCUUCCGAUCAAGAUGCGAAGAUGUUCUCUUCUCCUCCUCCGGCUGUACCAUCCACGAGCAAAGACAUCGAAUCGACCGAUUCCUUACCGCUAUCGCCCGAUUUUUCUAAUCAAAAUUUAACGUGCGAUGAGGGUACCAUCCAUGCUAAUAAGCCAUCGUUUAAAAAAUUUCACAGGAGAAAAGAGAGUCCGAAAAAUUAUAAAAGAGCCAACAACGAAAAUUUAAAAAUUGUUGAAUACGACGUAGCGUGUUGCGAUGGCCCCAUACGAUUUCACAGAGUUUUAAAUGAAAACUACGGAAUGAGCAUCGAUGAAAUUUUAGACGAAACGUCCACGGGGGUGGAUGCGGUGGACAAAGUGAAAAAAGAUUUGGACAAAGUUGCGGAAAAAGAAUAUCUAGAUAAUUAUCCGAAAACUCAACAUUGCAACACGAAAUUAUUAAAAUCCGCGGAUUUCAAUUCUUACAUACAACAACAAAUGAUGAAUUCGACUCUGCUUAAAAAAUCAAAAUCAUCUUCGAGGGGAGUCAUACAAAUGAGAAAAAUUGUCGAAAAAAAUUUCUCGGAUCAUAAUCCGGUCGGAGAGAGCGUGCGACAGGGUUCCAAAAAUGAUGAGGAUGAUAAUAAUACGGAAAGAUCAUACACGUGCGUUUAUUGCAAACACACAUUCAAAAGUCAAUACUGCUACCAGAAACACGCCAAAAGACACAUCAAUUCCGUACAAUCUGAAGAAUUGAAUAAGAAAGUAGUCAUUUUCCGGAAAAUCGUUUCCAACACGACAACGACGACGACGACGACGACGACAAAAUCAGAGGGAAAGGAAAAACAAAGCAACGGUCGUCGAGAAGUAAGGCUUCUGGAUAUGAACGUUCAAUAUUAUCCGUGUAAAACAUGCGGAAAAGAGUAA